CUUUAGUAACUAAAAUUUUAGUAUUGUUAUUUAUGCUCUUAAAUUAGUAAAUUCUGUCAAGAUUAUGAACCGAUGGAAUCAUGUUAAAAUCAUUAGUCGGAGCUGAUUCAGUUAACCUUAAAAAAAAUUCAAUAUAUCAUAUGUACAGAAGAACGUUUACAAACAAAAUGACGAAUAUGUUGAUGUUACGUUUAUCGGCGUUGGUUCUGGAAUUCAGUGAAGACAAAAAGUUCAUCACUUAACACAACAGCUUAACUAAUGCUACGAGGUGCAGUGGCAUGACAAAAUAUCUAAAAGAAAACCCAAACAGGCAAGGACUUUUAUUCUGAUCAAGUGAAGAGGUGGACGUUUUAACAGUGUGACAUCGCGCUGGGAAAUCUUUUAACAGCAUUAACACACACGUGUGCGACAUCGUGUUGGUGUUGACAAGUAACCAUGUCUGUGGUACACGCUAUAACGGGACUGGAUUAUUUGGAGCAGGGGCUGAAGAAUCUCAAAGGAUCAAAGAUGAUGGCAGUUCGAGAGUUCAAGGACAUGUUCUCUGCCAUGGAGUGCCAUUACCGAGAUUUCAGACUGUCGCAUCUGACGGGCAAGACCAGUGACCUUAUGGAACAAGCCCAGCGAGACACAAAGUUCUACAACAUUCUUGUCAAGAUGCUGUGUGAAAUCAAACAAGAUCGUGCCAAACAGCAGCAAGCAGGGCUGAGUAAAGUGUACGACUGGUAUCUGGCUAACAAACAUGUCCUGCACUCGGGGCCACGUUUUGGCAAAAAGUUUCACAGGAAAGAAGCACAAGAUAUUCUGAACAAAUCUGUUACAUCACCACGACAAACAUCUGAAGUACAUCACAUCCAUGCACAAAAGCAGAACGACAUUAUAUCAGAAGGACAUAGAGACAUGAAUGAUGCCAGUAAUGACAAUGACAUGCCAUCAGAUUUCUCUGAUACAGAAAUUGACAUUGAAUUCAAAUCAGCUAAGGAUGAUGUGGAUGAUGAUGACACAUCUAGAAUGGAUUCGCAGAUGCUUGGAAGUGAAUAUAAGGCAUCCUCUGUAAAAACAACACCUGUCGUACAAUCUGAUUUUGACUGGAAAGGAGGCCGGAAGAUGGUCCACUCUGUUGCAAGUAUAGUAAACCCACACGCCAACCCAGCCCUCACUCUGGACCCAGCACAAGAUCCAGGGCUGAUGUCACCAGGUCAGCAGAAUGCUGCAAGAAGUCUUGUAGUGAAAAAGAAGAAAUCGCAGAAAGGUGUGAUAGAAGCAAGUGUGAAGCAUACACCACUGCAGACCCAGGACGUCGGAGCGAGGAGUGUUUCUGUCUGCGAAGAUCGGUUGUCACAUCCAGUUCAGAUCAGUGUUGUUUUAUGUAAGGGUUGUAACUCAAACAAAUAUAUGGAGAUGGCCAAAUCUGGAUCUGAAUCCAGGAAUUUGCAGAGGCCAGUUGAAACUAAAGACAUACCAGAACAAGGGAAACCACUCCAUGAGCAAAGUUUGGAAGAAUUCUAUCGGACGACAGAAAUACUUUAUCCACUCGGUGCUGGGAACCGGUCUGCCUCUCGGAAAACACACUCAUCUAAAUCUUUGAGAAAGUCAAAGUCUGCUCCACAUUACAGAGAAAAGAACAGUUGCGACAGGUCCAGGCGACUGUCCAGACAGAGUGAGGACCCAAACCGUUUGGGCAGACAGCUGCAAAGUAGCAAGACACCUGUUGAUAAAGAGGGGAAAACUGAUAUAAAAAUGGACAUGCUCGUUUCAAUGAUUGAUUCUGUUAGUCACGAAAUGGUCGUCAACAGAGACCCGUGGUCAGGGAAUCUACUUCGUGGAUUGUCCCAGCGCUCAGCACGACCAAUACGCAGCAUCAGUCCUCCAGCCAGGACAAACACACCGAUCUUUGGUGUUGUUGAACAACAGACCAGAAAUGUAGACCAGGCACACCAAGAACCACACAGUGACAAAGGCACCUGGACGCUGUCCAAAUACAGACCCACAGAAACCAUCUCACCAUCUCCCAGACUCAACACGCAGCAACAAGACUCACCACAGAUUCAGGACGCAUCUAGCACCAGCAGAUCUAAACGGUCAAAAACAAGAUUAGGCAAAUCCAGUUACUCCAAGAACGUUCAGCGCCAGUCGCUGAGAUCUGCUGGUGGAAGUCAGUCAUCAUUGCAGCAGCGUCCAAGAACAGCGCCAGUGUUCCAUCAGAACAAAUUUGAUAAGAAGUUCAACAAGAGUACACAGGAUGGCAGUAAUGAGACAUCAACAAAGGAUCAUAAGAGUCUGGAAUCGGCCAUUCAUGUCAAGCAUCUCAUAGGCACAUCCAAAGGUGAUUCUGACAUGGAUUAUGAAUUUGAUGAAGAAUUCAUACGAGCUAUGCGUCAUUUGUCAAGAUCUGUAUCUGAAACUCAGCCCCCGCUAGAAUACGUGUGCUUUGUAACAUCAACACAGGGAAACAAAGCACCUGAAAGAUCAAAUGAUAAUAUCAAGACACAAGGACAAAUAAACUAUCCGUAUAGUAGUUUGCACCAGAUUGUCUCAAAAGUGUCGUCGGUGGAUCUCGCUGAUACUGUGUCGUCAAGGGCAGACAAUCUCGAUCAACAAGACCUCGGUGAAUUAGACGAUGAGCUCAGGGAUCUCUGUGAAGAAGAUGAUGAACAAGGUGAUGAUAAAGUGAAUGAGAACCUGCCCGGUGAGCAGGUUAAGACCCAGUUAGAGAAGAACAAGAACACGUUUGAUGUGACUGCUCAAGUCUCUGCCAUUGAUCUCAGUGUGAUUCCUGCUGACACCAGUACACAGGGUGGAGACUGGGACUUUCUCCCAGCCAAGGUAGGAGAUGGUAUACUUGGAGUGUUACUAGAGCAUGAUGUUGUUCCUUACAAUGACGAGAACUGUAACUUUGGACAGGACAAACUGAACGAUUCGGCCAAUUACACAGACGUCAAUGAACUAGCUAUGUCUACAGCUGUCCAUCAACCUUGCUCUUCUGAGAAAUGGAAGCUUUCUCCAAAGAAAACAGACGGGUUCAAAUCCAGAACAGUUUUGAAAAAUAUAAUGCCAGCAGGAAAACCUCAGUUGGACAUGACCACAGCCGAAGUGAAGUAUCAUCGAAUUCUGAAAGGGAAACCGAAUGCCUCACGCCUGCGUUCUCAGUCAGCCAGGGUCCUGGGCUCCCAUGGGAAACUGCUGUCUCGUCCCGAAGAUCUCUUCCUUGACUUCACCCCCAAGAUAACCACACGCAUGGAGCGAGCUGCCGGCAGGGUUCCCGGCACGGUGCCAAGCAGCACUGCGGCGCAGGUGUUACGCAUGACGAGACGGCAGAAUGAGUAUUUCAAACGCGCCCCACCCAUGAGGACUCCGCCAUCGAUACCGUCCCCCCACAGUCUGUUUGGCAGCAGGCAGUCUAGAAGUGAUAUGUUGUUUAACCCAGAGCUGGAGCACCAUGCCAGGAAAGAGAUAAAGCCACUGCAGUACAUGCAGCAUGUGCAAGAAUUGUGUCGAUCAGAUGGUCUGAGGUCUGCACCACCUCGACUGCCUCAAAACGAGAAACAACUUGAACCGUUUCUUCAGAUCUGCAGACUUCCAUCUCGCAGUCAGACAUUUGUUGAAACACCAUCAACUAUUCAUGAUGAAGAAUUUUCACCAGAUUUCACUUUGAAAAUUAAAAAUUCCUUGUUAGAGGAGAGUUCGGACAGUGAGGCGUCUACAAGUGGUCACGGUGCCGUGGCGGACAGACAGCUGAGUUGUGUUUCUCCGGCUAAACAGAGUCCAAGACUUGACAUCCGCCCGUACUCUCCGAGUGGACAGCAGCAGUGUCUGUCUCACCUUGGCAGACCCAUCGCUCAGUACCAGCACAUUUCAGAUCCUGAUGAGCUUACUAAAGCUGUUGAAACACAACAGAAGGCUGCUGCUGCUGUUGACAUACAAAGAAUAUUCCGAGGCUAUGUGGCUCGGGGUCAGUACAAGAAACUUCUGUCAGAAGAACGUAAACGACUGGAGGAAGAGCGAAGAGCUGCGGUGGAAAUUCAAAGAGCUUACCGAGAACAUCUAGAACGUAAGAGUGUGAUACAGCAGCGAGGUUUGAACCAGGACAUGGUGACGUGGUCGCAGGACUACAAGACUCUGAGAGACGAGAAAGAGCAAGAGAGACAGGAGAAACUCAACGAGGUUGCCAAGAAAAAUGCUUAUUAUUACCACUCUGCUGCUUCGAAAAUUUCGGUGAUUGGCCCCCAUGUCGAUGUUUACUCAGUGUGGCAUCCCAAGGUGACGGGUCCGACGAAGCGUGAACUUUACCUUAUUACUGUCGAGAUUCAGAGACAUGUUCGUGGAUGGCUUGUGCGAAAAACACUCGAGAAACUAAAGAGAAAAGCUGUGUGGAAUGGUUCAACCUUUUCCAAGAUGGUUAGGGAAUACAAAAACAUGUUGAUAAGAGUACAGAAACAGCACGGGAAGGACAGAGUUAAAACACCGUUCACAUUCAAAGAGUUUGAUAAUUACCUGGAUCUGAGGAGGCGCUAUGAGGGUGUGUUUGAGAGGAAGGCAUUUGGUGGGGAACUUGAUAUAUCGGAGCUAGAAGAGUUCUUCCAUGAGUCAGACUUGCACCCAUCCGUGGCUGAGAUCGAUGAAGCCGUUGAUGUUGUGUUCCGUGGUCAGGGUAUGAAGAAGGGUCGAGGACUGAAGAAGAAGGAAGUGCUGGAUCUCAUCUUCUACAUUUACGUUCCCAAGGCCACAGACCUGCACGACACCCGCAUCUCAACAUGGAUGAACCCGAUCAUCGAUGGAGUGGAGGCCAGGAAACUUCUCGGUAGUGAACUGGUUGAGAAAGCUCCACUGAGUGUGUGCAUGCAGCUGGUGAUCGACUCGAAACGUGAGAGACGAGAACGCGAGGCAGAAGCAAAACGCAAGAAGCGUGAAGAGGAAGCAGCGGCGGCGAGCCAACUAGAGGAGGAAUUAACUAAAGAAAGCGAACCUACACAGACUGAAACUCUGAAGAAGCCUGAGAAUGGUAUUCUCAAAGGACAGAAGGCUAGCAAAGAAGAGGACAGCAAACAACAGAGGGACGGCAAAGACCAGAAGAAUGGCAAGAAAGUUAAUGAAAAACAGAAACAAGUGAAAAUUGUCGACAACAAAGCAAUACAUAACAUUCCAUCUUAGCAUUUCAUGUGGCUUGUAGUUUAUCAGUCUAGAAACGAGCUGUGUGGUACUGAUCUUGCCAAGCUGUAAUUUUCAAUAAGUUUUAUCAAUAAUUUCGAGGGUUUAACCUUUAAUGUUUAAAUAUAUGCCAGAUCGAACACAAAUAAAGUCAAAAAUGUAUCUUGGAAAUGCUAGAACCCUGGGCCCAUAUUUUCGAAGCAGUCUUAGCCUACGAAAUCGUAAAAUUAUCGUAAGCUAUGACGUCACUAUGGCAUGUGCUGCAGUGACGUCACACUCUACGAUGGUUUUAUGAUUUCAUAGCACUAAGAGAGCUUCGAAAAUAUGGUCCCAGAUGUUGGAUAGAGACCAGGGAUCUAGCUAUACAGUAAAAUCUUUCAUAAUAAGCUGUAAAAAUAAAUAACUGAUAACAGGUGACACGCUUGAGAUUUUACUUGUAAUAUGAAUGAACUCGGUUGUAUUUCAUGAGUCGACAGAGACAGUAUACCAGUACGUACUCUAUGUUCAGUUAUUCCAGAUAUUCUCAAAACGUGUCAAAUAUAAUUGAAUUGGUUUAGAUUAAAGACAAUCUCAAAACAUAUGUAAAAAGCCCGAACCAAAAACCUAUUUUAGUAUUAAUUGUGGAAAUGACAGUAUUUUUAAACACUUUGUCAGACAAACAUGUCCACAUUUAUCAUCUACAUUGCAAUUAUAUUUUUAAAAUCUUAGAAUUAUAUCAGACAUUGAAAGUGCACAAUGUGCUUUCUUAUAAUCUAUUUAUCAAUCAGCUUUUGCUUUCUAUCUUAUUUUUGGUAAUAUUUCAGAUAUAUUGAGAAUUCUUAAUUUUCAGCAGCAAUAGUGUAAAUCUUACGUUUUUAAUCCAUAUUCAUCAGUCACAAGUCUUCCACAAUUGUUAUAAUAAUUACACUACAAGUCUAAGUUCUAGAACUGCUUCUCCAGUGUCUAGCCUUUGCUUUUGAGCCUUGUUAUUGUUUUGAACAUAUUACACACACAUCUACAAUACAGUGAAAGAACAUGUAGAUUUACUACAGAUACUGGGCUUUAUUGGCAGCCAAUUCAUGUUGCUGCUUGUUAACAUACUUGCUUCGAAUCGAGUGGUGGGUAGGCCAAUUGUUUGUGGUUUUGGAGCAAAAGUUGUGUUACCAGGAUAACGUUAGUUGUCUGUGAUAUUUUUGUGUUGAAUUAACCUGUGAAGAAUGUGCUGUUAUAUGUCAGUUGUUAAAUCUGUGAUGUUGCUGAAGUCCAGUCUGUGAUAAAAUGUUACGGUUUUUUUAAUUGUUUAAAUUUUAAAGUUUUCUUUUUAUGUACAGACCAAAUCUAUAUAUAUAUAUAUUUUUGCAGAGUAGGUAGAUACAGUUUCUUAUUUAUAAUAAAAUACAAUACAUGCAUAGGGUAAUAUGUAUAUAUCUUAACUGACAGGUUGGUGUUUUCGUAUGGAAAUUUUGUUGAAUGAAUAAAAGAUUGAGAGAUUAUAUAUGUAUAUUUGAAUAAAAUAAAAUCAUUUUA